GCGACGAUGAACAGAAUAGAAGGUUUCGCUCAGCCUAUAUUUUAGGACUCAAGUAAUCAGCGCAUAGAAAUAGAGAGGAAAAGGUCCCCCUGCUGGUGCGUUGACUUUUAGUCGAGAAACUUGUAAUGUCAUGUCAUAUGAAAGUGGGGUAUUGGAAGGUGCUGUCCAUGCGGCAUAAAUGUAGUCGUUCUACUCCGAUAUUCUAUCUCGCUCUCCAUCGAAUAGAGGCUUAGAACAGAAUGCAAGCUCGCCAAAGCGCGUGGUGGCGCGGCCGUGGGGUAGCCUGGCGCCGAAUCAGCUCUAGUCGAUAUCAUGGAGGCACUCUUAUGGGUAAAGUUGAUUGCCUCCGAUUAGUGUAUGCUGCCUCAGGAUUGUUCGCUGGUAGAUGACAACUCUCUUUCUCACUUGCUCUCUCUAAGUAGCCUUAACACUUCUGGUACUUGAAUCUCACGCUUUACACGUUAUUGAAAUCGCUUACUAAUAGGAGACAAGAAAACCUGAACCCACGUACACCGACCACGAUUUCUACAUCGCAGGGUUCUUACCCAUCUCUAAAAAAGUGGAGCGUGUGCAUAGUCGCAGUUAUGGCACUGUGGCACCAUCUCAGAGUGCAGCAAGAACCGUUAAUCCGAUUCGGCGACUCAUAGAACGCACGAAUGUUGCCCCAAAUCCAGAGUUGGACGUACUGUGUUUUAGGAUGUUGACUCAACAGGAGUCAUAAUAUCAUGAGUUGCUAUUAUUUUAUAGGUGAAGGAACCAACAUGAUGAUGCAGAUGAUCCCCUUUUCAGAAGAAGAAGUUCUUGGUGUAAUAAAAUCAAUCAAUCAAAUCCAAAUCGUAUCUACCCUCUGAAGCAUCAAUAUGAGCCUGAUCCAGGUCAUUCCGUUAUCGAUAGGAGAUCCAACGCACUUCGGAAAUUUCCACGCACCUUCCACUCUUCCGGCGAAAAUGACUGAACUUUUGCAAGCCGAAAAGUUAUGCCUCAUACAGUUGAAAAAUGUUGAUCACCUCCUUCAAAAACAACUAGAGCACCAGCUACGUAUACUUACAACAAUUCUACGUGCUAUAUUAAAUUCGUUGAAAAAUGUUGAUCAUCUUCAAAAUCAAAAAGAACAUCAACUACGUAUACUUAUAACAACUUCGAUCGAAGUUCUACUACGUAUAUAUAAGAAGCUGAAACAUCUAAGACCCUCCAACGGGUAUGGGCACUCAUCGGGGCUGCUAUCGGCCCGUGAGAGCGUGGCUCGGCGUUUUUCAGGGCAGAGCAAAUUCCCGCUAGCACCGGACGACGUGAUCAUGGCCAGCGGUUGCAGUCACGCCUUGGAUCUCGCGAUGCAAGUAUUGGCUGACCCGGAGGUACAACUUUUUAAUUUCAGUAAGCACUUUUUUUACCACUUGUUCAUCGAUCAGAAUAUAACUAGUACACAACAACACGACAAGAACAUCUUGAUGUUAUUGCUACACAACCACGACAGAAACACAAUAUUCUAUUGCCCCGACCCGGAUUUUCGUUGUACGAAACGCUAGCAUCCUCAAGGGGUAUCGCCACGAAGUACUACCUUAAGGCUACCGCUGAAGCAUGUCCUUAACUACUAUGUCGUAGUUAAGGGGAAAAAGAACUCAAGGAAUAUGUCGUAGUUAAUAGCAUUACUCUCAAAGAAAUCCACAGCGUCACUCUCACUCUUGGCACCUUUUCAAGGGGAAAAAGAAGUGUCCAAGUAAAAUGCUCGCAAGGAACAAGUAGAUGCGAAAGUCUCUAACUACCGUUUGGACCCAGACCGGCAAUGGGAAAUCGAUCUAACCGAUUUAGAAUCGAAGAUAGACGAGAACACAGCAGCUAUUUUGAUCAAUUCGCCGAGCAAUCCCUGCGGUAGCGUUUUCUCACGAGAACACCUCAACGACAUCGUGCGGAUAGCGGAGAAGCAUAAGAAACCGAUCAUAGCUGACGAAAUCUAUGCCAACAUGGCUUUCGAUUUAAGAAAUGUCGAUAUUAUUGUUUCACCCACAUCAUGAUAGGUAAUGAUGCCCUUAAGGCAGUCUGCGCUGAACUUUGUGCGAGGUUAAUUGUAUGAUAGGUAAGAGCACAACUUCUGCAGUCCCAGUUAUGGAAAUGAACACUUUCUUGAAUCUACCUUGGCCUGUCCCGGUCUGUGAAAUGUUUGUAGUCUACCUUAUGUCUUCCUGAUAUGCCUUUUAUAAUCACUCCCGCGAGAAACGUGUUGCUGAAUGAAGUAAGCGAACGCGUGCCAUUCUUGGCUACCGGUGGACUGGCCAAGCAGUACAUGAUCCCAGGUUGGCGAGUGGGUUGGUGUUAAGGAAGGUUCUUGGAAGCAUAUCCUCUAAUAAAUUAUAUUGGUUGUUCUUUUAAGUAGUGUUCAUAGGCAGGAUUCGUAGAACUCAAAAAAGAUUCAGGGAAGUCGUAGGUCCAAUCCGAAUCGACUAACAUCAUUAGGCAGGAUAGAUAGGCCAUCCAAGUGAGAGAGAGUCAACAUAGAUAUGCAAGAUAGAAAGGGAGAGGUCAUCAACCUGCAAGUCCUAAUGAUGCCUAGUGCACGAUCGAGGUGGCGCUUUCGACAAAGUCCGAGGAGCAUUGCAAGACUUGUCCACGCUUCUGCUAGGACCAAGCACACUACAGCAGGCGGCGGUGCCGCACUUGUUGGACGAAACGCCGCCUCAAUAUUACGCCGACGUGAUGGCACAGCUGAAGGGGAACGCAGACGUCAUUAUCAAUAUUCUAGGGAGCGAAGAAGAGGAGCUCGGGAUACGCGUAAUCAAGCCGCAGGGCGCGAUGUACGUCCUCCUACAAGUGGACGUGGAUGUUGCAGCUUUACAUCCUGACCGCCCAGUGGACGACGUGGAAUGGUGCAAGGAUCUGCUCGCAUCCGAGUUUAUGGUCAAAACGCAAGAAUGAUGAAGUGGACUUUUUUUUCGAAGUGGACAAGGGGAUGAAAGGUACCAAAUGCCCUUUCUCCAUAGAAUACUCACAAGAAGCAAAAAAGCUGAGAGUAGGCGUAGGGUUCCACGAGGAAUGAAAGUGCCCUGCCUCUGGUGACAAGAGGAGGGAGCCAACAUCACACGAAUAGAUAGUGAUAUACUUAUUCUUAUUGCAGCAAGAUAAAUUAGGUGCUAUCAUACAGGCCUGUUCUGUAUUCAUUCUAUUUCUAAAACGGUAAACUCAUUCUCGUAUUUGUUCCCGGCGAUUAUCUCAAGCUUACCAGUUUAUCACAAAAACUCUGCUCUAAUGAGGCAGUAUUCGCCUUGCCUGGUCAGGUGUUUGGAGCUGAUGGAUUCAUACGGAUUGUUACGUCGCCGCCGAAGGCUAAGCUAGAGGAAGCCUGCGCUCGCAUCAAGCGCUUCUGCCGCAAACGUCGUGAAAGCCGCAUGAACUGAGUUGAGGUGGUGUACGUACUUACUGUGGUCGGCCCCACACGAAUAAAGUGCCUCUUAUAUGGCGGAAAAGUGGCGGAUAAAGUGUCGUGAAACAUCAGUAUUGUGUCUGCUAAUCGGCGAAAAAGGCGAGGAUAGCGUUAGCGAGAAACAACUGUCGUUAAAAUAAAACAAUUAUUUGAAUGUUGCGCGCUUCGAGGACUACGACAUUGUUAUUUUUCACAAAUACAGUAGAUUCAGUGUUCUUAGUUAUCGAGAUACAGAUACGCGACACAUCGAAGAUGCCUUUGACAGAUUGGCAAGUAUUCCCUUUUCAACGCGGACUAUACGAAAAAGUUCUGAGUAGUCAAAUUGUACAGAUGCGUGUAGAAAGACAACUACAGCAAGUAGUACAUAGUACGACCUAGAUGAACGUGUUGCUCCACCCAAAAAGAAUUCGAUGAAGACACUACCACUACUGCUAUUAACUGAUCCAUAUUACUUGCUUGUCUGCAUUCAUAGAGCAGCAGCCUGACGUGUAGAAAAGGAUUCCGAAGAGAUUCAUCUGCACCGACAGAUGUAAAACGUUGAUAAGUGCGGUCCUGGAAUUUUUUAAUUCAAACCGACUGCUUCUAUCAACAUAUCCGAG